GCACCUUCCAUUCUGGUAGCUUCAACUCUGCAGCUGCUGUGUCUCUUCGAGGUCUGGGAAGAAAACUUUCACAUUAAGAGUUGCUGAUUCGGAUUUUCUCUCUUUCCCUUCUCUGCGGUGAUGAGUGCCUGGCUCCCGACAGAAGCGACCUGGCUCUCAGCUUUGUAGUCGGGAAGAAGUUGGGUUUAUAGAUUUUUCCCCUGACCCUCCUUUGACGCGUUGAGCUGCCGAGGGAAUACCUUCGCGUAAAGCAUGUUGCCAUCUCAAGGAGUCCUCCUGCAUCCUUAUGGAGUGCCCAUGAUUGUGCCAGCAGGCCCCUACUUCCCCGGACUGAUCCAGGGUAAUCAGGAAGCAGCAGCUGCCCCUGACACAAUGGCUCAGCCUUAUGCUUCGGCCCAGUUCGCCCCUCCUCAGAACGGCAUCCCCGCGGAAUACACGGCCCCUCAUCCCCACCCCGCGCCAGAGUACACGGGCCAGACCGCCGUCCCCGAGCACACGUUAAACCUGUACCCUCCUGCCCAGUCGCACUCGGAGCAGAGCGCCGCGGACACCAGCGCGCAGACCGUCUCGGGCACCGCCACACAGACAGAUGACGCAGCGCCGACGGAUGGCCAGCCCCAGACACAACCUUCUGAAAACACAGAAAACAAGUCCCAGCCCAAGCGGCUGCAUGUCUCCAACAUCCCCUUCCGGUUCCGGGACCCGGACCUCCGACAAAUGUUUGGCCAAUUUGGUAAAAUCUUAGAUGUUGAAAUUAUUUUUAAUGAGCGAGGCUCAAAGGGAUUUGGUUUCGUAACUUUCGAAAAUAGUGCCGAUGCGGACAGGGCGAGGGAGAAAUUACACGGCACCGUGGUAGAGGGCCGUAAAAUCGAGGUAAACAAUGCCACAGCACGUGUAAUGACAAAUAAAAAGACUGUCAACCCUUAUACCAAUGGCUGGAAGUUGAAUCCAGUCGUAGGUGCAGUCUACAGUCCCGAAUUCUAUGCAGGCACGGUGCUGUUGUGCCAGGCAAACCAGGAGGGAUCUUCCAUGUACAGUGCCCCCAGUUCACUUGUAUAUACUUCCGCAAUGCCCGGCUUCCCGUAUCCAGCCGCCACCGCCGCGGCCGCCUACCGAGGGGCGCACCUGCGAGGCCGCGGCCGUACUGUGUACAACACCUUCCGGGCCGCGGCGCCCCCACCCCCGAUCCCGGCCUAUGGCGGAGUAGUCUAUCAAGAGCCUGUGUAUGGCAAUAAAUUGCUACAGGGUGGUUACGCUGCAUACCGCUACGCCCAGCCUACCCCUGCCACUGCCGCUGCCUACAGUGACAGAAAUCAGUUCGUCUUCGUUGCAGCAGAUGAAAUUUCUUGUAACACCUCUGCAGUUACGGACGAGUUUAUGCUGCCGACCCCUACCACCACACACUUGCUCCAGCCCCCACCUACGGCGUUGGUGCCAUGAAUGCUUUUGCACCCUUGACUGAUGCCAAGACUAGGAGCCAUGCUGAUGAUGUGGGUCUCGUUCUUUCUUCAUUGCAGGCUAGUAUAUACCGAGGGGGAUACAACCGUUUUGCUCCAUACUAACUGACAAAACCAUAAAAACCUUCCAAUGUGGGGAGAAAGGAAGCUUUCCGAGGCCUGGGUAUUGCAAUACAUGCAGUAGCGCAUCAUUUUAGCAACUCUAAAAACUAAAAAAGAGGAAAAAAAAAUUUACAUUUUUUAUCUUAUACCUCAGAUAUUUUGUUCUGUGUAUUUUAAUAUUGUGGGUCUUUCAUUUCUGAAGGUUCCGUAAUUUGGUUGCUGGCUGUAGGCGUUUUUUUGUGAUCUAGAGAGAUGCUAGCUAUGAAUACAAACUGGUUUAGGGCCAUAUCCAGAGUGCUUUAUCAUGUAAAUGAAUUCUAUAUGCUGAAUAUUAAGCUACUGGGGUUAUCAGCUAUUCUGGAAGAGUGUCAGUGACUACAGUAGUCAUUCUUUUUUUCUGCAUCUGCAUUGUUUUAUUUUAUGAACGGGGAUGGGUGGGAGGGACAUAGGGGAUUGGGAGUGGGGUUUGGCUGAAAGAGAAAAACAAAUAGUAACUAAUGAAUCUAAACGACCCACUGCACCAACAAUCAUCUAUCAACGGUUCUGAGUUACUCAUUGUCAGUUCAAGCCAAAGGUUAUGUUAAGGGGGUGCUUGUAGUAGCACGUGUGCAUCCAAGUUGAAUUAAGCUGUGCAAACCCACCCUUUAAACCAUUCCACCUGGCAGUACUCAGCUUCUUAACCAGCCGCUAGUUAUUUAGGCAAAAAAACUGCUAGUUAGGCCGUCAACAAGCAUUCUUUUUAUAUUUCUUCCAGUAUAAUAAAUUAUUGAUAUCAUUGCUGACUUUUAUAUUAUGGGAGGGAAAAAAAAUAACAUUAAUAAAAAGGUGAUAAAAAGCACUGUUUCUAUUUUUUUCUUUUUUUCCAAAAAAAGAAAGUAAUAAAAACUUAAAUUCUUUGUACCAGUUAAAAAAAAAUGUAUAAAAUUUACAUCUGUGCAGUGGAGUUGUUAAGUUCUAGAAACAGUCUAUGAAGCUUUAGUUUUAGCCUAGUAGAACAACUGUUAGAGACAGACGUAUAAUUUUUAUGGAAUUACAUGAUAAUCAUAUUCGGAUUUAUAGAAGCAUUUUACAAGUAUUGCAAUCAUUGAGUAGAGAUAAUCAUGGUAUUUUCAUCAGCUUGGUACUUUUUGAAACAUGACUGUGUAAUGUGAACGACCUGCAAUUUUUCAGUCCGUGACAGCCUGCCCUCCCAUUCUUCCUGGUCCCCAGGGAUUGUGUCAACCCCAGUAUCUUUAGUUCUGUCUCCACGGCCCAGGACACUUGUCAGAAGGAAGCAAAAACGUAGGUCCACCUUCUUCAUCCCCGAAGAACAAAGUCCCCCCACCUCUGACGCAGGGCCAGAGCGACACAGCCGAAAAAUUGCAGCUUGUCUGUACUACUUCUGUUUGACCUUCCAUGCUGUCCUGUUUACAAGUUAACCUAAGUUGGGGUAUCUGUCACGGGUCUUCCUGUUUUUGUAUUUAAAUUAAACACACCGCAGCAAGCUGUCCCCAGUAGUUUUGCUGCCAUAGGUAAACCUUCAUGUGUUCAGUGCCGGCCCUCUGGCAAGCACUCCAGCAAGGCAUCCAUUCACCGCUGUGAACCUGCCAAUCCGCUGUAACAACUCUGCUUUCAAACAAAACCAAACAAAACGUUAAAAAAAAAAAAGUGUUUGUGAUCCAGCAUUCUUGUCAUCCUAUGUGCAUGCAGUAAGAUCGGUUGGAUAUUAAACCAUCAAUAAAGUUUCACAAGAUUUGCAAA